UGUGUAACGCGCAAUCCCUGCAGGGAGAUCUCCCGAUCCCGUGGACCUCAGGCCUGGAAUCCCCUUGCCUGAGAUGGAAGGACUCUCGGGCCGCGUUGGAAGGGGGACCGGUCCGAAAGACGUAAAGGGGGGGAACUGAUUGGCACUGGUCCAUAAAGACGGUGAGGCAAGCCAAUGUUGAAAAGGGUCCCUGGAAGGCGAAGGUUGAGGAUGGAUAUCUGCAUGAUUAUGGAUAGCCACGGGUGAUGACCUCUUGCGAAUAGCCAAGCAAAUCCUUGAUAGGAGGCCAGGCGGACGCUGGUUGGGCGACAGUCGACGCCUAUAGCCUCCGUUGUGUCCUACAGGAUGAGUUAAGAUUCUUGGCUUGUUGUUCACGAUGCCUUCCAAGUCUUGAGUCAUGACUAUAAAGGGUUCACGAUGUGUCUCCCGGCUGAUGGAUCAUCCUCAUACUUUGGAUUCAUCCUCUUCUUUCUUUCCUCUCUUUCUAUCACAAUGGCCAUGUUUUCCCACCGCAGAUGCCUCGUUGCCGGCAUGGCAGCCUGCAAAAGACUCAACUACCGUCGUCACUAUGCCAAUGUCUCCGAAUUAGCCAGUGUCCCCCAGCUAGCUGUUCACAGCCAACAAACAGCUCAUGACCAAUCCCAUCUGCAAACCAUCCACCAUCACCUUCAUAAAGAUGGAAUCCUGAAGCUCGGGCUCACCUUCUCCGACGACACAAGCAGCUACCUGCAGCAACUGAUCAUGAACCUACACCGCCACCACUCACACGGCCUACCCAUCACGCACAGCGCAGAGCGCGGAUGGUUCUGGGAUGUGCGGCCGAGCCCGGACUCGUUCCAGAGCAACAACGUUCAGGCCCGCUCGGAGACGAUGGAGGAAUUUCCCUGGCACACAGACUGCAGCUAUGAGAGCGCACCGCCGCGCUUCUUUGCUCUUCAGGUCCUACAGCCAGACCGCUGCGGCGGGGGGACCUUAUCCGUCUUGAAGGUGGAGAAACUGCUGGGCCUACUGUCGGCUUCAACCCGGCGCGAACUCGCCAAAGCCCAGUUCGAAAUCACCGUACCGGAAGAGUUUGUCAAGGAGUCACAUCAACGGGUUAUUGUGGGGAGCGUGUUGGGUCUGUAUGACGACAAGAACGCGGGCAACAGCAGCAGCAGCAGCAGUAGCAAUGAUUCCCCCCCCGUCCUUCGCUUCCGUGACGACAUCUUCACCCCUUUGACGAGCAGCGCGGAGGCAGCCCUCGCGGAACUCAAGAGCGUGAUGACCGGCGCAGAGGCGGAGCGCGCCACGCUGCAUCUUACGGCGCAGAUGAUGCCGCGCGGGUCGGUCAUCUUGCUCGACAACGGGCGAUGGCUGCAUGCCCGCAACGAGGUCAAGGAUCCGGCGCGGCAUUUGCGACGGGUGAGAUGGGAUGCGCGGAAGCUCAAGGCGGGAGAAGUAUGAAGAGGGACAAGAAAAAAAAGUGCCAUUUGUUUUUUCUUUUUGAAGUUUCUGCGCCUUUGGUUUUUGUUUUUGGGGGUGGUAUCCUGUUAGUUUUGUAUAGAUUAGCCUUAUACCACUGUUCUUCUGUUCUUACUUUAUCUAAAUUGAUAAUAUGGUCCACAA